AUGGAAGCUCUGUAUAUGCAAACGAACAGCCUCAUCCAGGAAACGCAGCAAUGUUUCCAGCGGCUGAAUGAUACGCGUUUCGAUUCGGGUGAAAUUGAACACGACAUCCAGAUGAAGAUUACAACAGUUAAUGGCAACUGUGAUCGAUUGGACGUGCUGCUCUUCAAAGUGCCCGUAGCGCAGCGACAAAAUGCUAAAAUGCGCGUCGAUCAGCUCAAAUACGACAUACGUCAUCUACAGGCCGCGCUAAAGCUGUACCAAGAUAAAAAACAGCGUCGGGAGACAGAGCUAGCGGAACGGGAAAGUUUACUCAACAAACGAUUCACCGCAAACACGGAAACGUCGAUUGAUAUCGAUUACUCGCUGCAGCACCACAACUCGAUGCAAAAUGCACACCGAGGUGUGGAUGAAAUGAUCUGGACGGGAUCGAAUGUGUUGGACGGGUUGCGAUCACAGCGCGAAACGCUAAAGGGAGCGCGAAAGCGAAUACUGGACGUCGGCAACACGCUCGGACUGUCGAACCAAACGAUGAAAAUGAUCGAACGAAGACUCGUCGAGGAUAAGUACGUGAUGUAUGGUGGGAUGUUUGUUACGACGGUUAUAAUUUGUUUGAUAGUAUACAUUUGGAUUCUUUAA